AUGACAGAAAUAAAUGAAGUCAUUAAUGUACAACCACUUGCAUUUGUGCAUAAUAAUGAAUUAGUUUGUGUUGAGGAAGGAAAUGUACAAGGAAAUAAAAAAUUUUCUUGCUUCAAGAUUUUUAAAUUGAAGGGACCCAUUGACGUUAAUUAUGUGAUUGAUGCUAUAUUCCCUCCCUCCGUAAGAAAUUAUUAUGAUUUAAAUGUAUGCGAAUAUAAAGGAUCAUCCGCAAAGGUUAAGUUUCAAUAUAAUGAUCAAACACCAACGGAUUUGAUUGGACAUAUGAAAAAUUCCGCGUCAAAAUUUUAUCAUAUAUCCGAAAAUGGACUUGCUGACUGGGCUGCAUCGGAUACCGUUACGUUUAAAUCCCUUUAUCGGAAUGUCGAUUUAACUUCACAACAGCUCGAUAGUUUAUCCGAUGUUUCAUCUUCCGAUGACAAUGUUUUAGUCACAUCCUCUUCCUCGUCACUUGAACAACUAUAUCCGAUUAUAGAUGAAGAAUCAUUUGAACAAGAAAUGAAAGAAUUGUCUGAAAAGAUUAAAUCAUCAUCACCACAUUUAUUGAAUUACGAUUUAGAAAAGAUUUUUCAUAAAUCAUUUCAAAGAAGGGAUAAAUCUAUCACCUUUCGUGAUUUGCGAAAUGAAUUUUUUAGUCAAAUACAUGAAGUUGUAUGUCUCGUAAAUAAACCUUUAAAUUCCAAAAAAAUUAAUCAUUUGGUUUUAGGUCAAGAGCAGAUCAUCAACGAUUUAACUAGACUUUUAUAUAAGCACGUUGAAAAUUAUAUCUCCAAAGGAGCUUGUUUAAAAAAUUAUAGAUUUGUAAUUAUUAUAGCUUUAUGGAAUUUGAUUAACGCGUUUAAAUCAGUACAGUUUUCAUUUAAAUUACUGAAGGAGACUGAUGCAAAAUUUGUACAAAUCCUUAAAGCACAACAACCUCAUUUUAUGGCUCAUUUGACAAACAUGGACCAAAUCAUAAUGGAUGUCUUGAUUCUUUUGGAGGAUAAUAUUAAUUCAGAGAAAUACGAAAGACUUCAACGACGGCUCGUAAAUUUUGUUGGGGCGACUGAAGAUUUAAUGAGACUCAUUAUGAUUAUUAAUCAACAAUUUAAUGAGGAAUUGGAAAAAUUGGAAAAACAAGAGAAAAAUUUAACGACCAAAUUAUACAUUGCCGCUAUGACAAUCGGAUUCGCAGCAUUGAUUAUAGGUGGAUUCAUUCUUAAAAAGAGGAAUUAUCUCAAUAAAGCUGAGAAAUAUUUUGGAAGUACAUUAGCAUGUACAACGGGAGUGGCGAUGAUAACAGGACUUACAGCCAAAAUCGAUUUGCAAAAUUCUAUAAAACAGCAGACAAAUAUACUUGACCAAUUAAAAAAAACACAUUUGAAAUUAUUUGAAUGGAAAAAUCUUGGUAAAUUAUAUAUAGAUCGGGAUAUUGAUGGCAUGAAUAAGUAUAGAAUGAAUUUGGCCGAUAAUUUUGUUACCAUUAGAUUUCAAUGUGAAGAACUUGGUAAAAUUUUUGAUUAA